UAGCCACUCCUUUUAAAAUGGCUGAUGAAAUGGAAAGAGAUCGAGGUGUUAUAAUUCUUCAGCGGUGGUACAGGAAAGUUCUAUCAAGAAGAAAGCUACAGAGAUUCAUUUUUGAUGAAUUGAUGAAACGAGAAGAUGAAAAUCAUACAGGUGUUGAGUUGUUUAAAAUUGGUCUGAAAAUUCAAAAAUUUUUCAUCAGUGGAAUAGACACUAUGAGGUUGCGUCAGUUCUGUACCAGUGUGAUAGAGAGCAUGAAUACAAGUAACGUGAAGAGUUGGUACGUUUCUGUUGCUUUGGAUAAAACUCACAGCGUCCAGUGGAUCAAGCAGGUUAAAUGGAUGCUACUAUUAUCAGGAAAAUCCCUUUACAAGUUAAAGCCCGGCAUGCCGCGUGAUGAUCAGUACAUUGAGACGUUCCUAUCAAUCAUUGUGUUAUUGACUGAUUGUACAUUAUGGAAGCUGACAGAGAAAGGAGGUACUGCCUUGAAGCCGACGCUAAUCAAACUAUGCUCUUCGUUUUCAAAUCAUUUAAUCGAAAAUAAUUUAUUCAUCUACCUAAAGGAUAUAUUAUUGAGUGGAUUGGCUCAUCCUCGUAUUAAGUUUAAUAAGAAUUCUUUCGGAGCUGCAUUGGGGAUACGACUGAUAUCGAUCAAUGGUUUCGAUAAUAAGAGUUUGAUUCCAUUCAUUAAAUGUAUACUGACCAUACCAGCUGUAAUAUAUCACUUGAACCUACUCUCACAUGAAAUGCUUGAUAAUUUAAAGAAGUACAAGUUCUUUAGCAGCUGUAUAUCAAUACUGAAAGAUGAUGUUAAUAGCAUCAUAAAGGAUAAGGACAAAACAGAAAUACUAGCACUAAUGAGCAAUUUAAUGCAUCUUCAAUCUCUGGAUGAUGGUUGUGAUGUUCAAGACUCAAUUGAGAUAUAUUUGCUGUUAUUAUCAUUCAUUAAUAAGAAGAAAUCAAAAACCACAACGACGACGACAUGGCACUUAAUGUUUGGAUGGAUUAACAAACUAAAUGACAAAAGGUUAUUGGAUUGCUUGCCUCAUUUAAAGAAGCAGCUGUCGCUACUUUGGAGGUCUUCGUGGACGAGCAAAAUAUUCGAGCCACUUUUCUGUAUCAAGAGAACAGAAGAAGGGGAAGGAGGAGAAAAGAAAGCUUCGUCUCGCUCUCUGUCAGUCAGAAAACUGUUCUCAUCGUCAGCUGCGAACAAUAAAAUGGCCGACAGAGAUAUCAAAUUAAUAUUGAGAGCUACUUAUCUGUAUACCCAGUUGAUAUCAGUCCUGCCCCAGAUGACCAGUGAGAUACUGAUUGGGUUAAGCUCUGACGGACUUUUUUGCUCAAGAUUGUGUUAUUUCAUGCUCGAUGUUCUCAAUAUUGAUAAUAAGAAAUUAACGGCUGAUAUGCUUAAUGAUACUCAGUUAAUGUCAGUGUUAAGUCUUUUGUGUGAAACGGCUAAUUAUUUUCUCAGUGUAUUAGAUGAUAAUGAACUUUACGAAGUACAAGAGUAUUUCACUCAGUACCAGUUAGGACGGAUUACGAUAUUUCUCAACAACUUGAUCUUUUACUGUAUCUGGGAACAGGAGACCUUGUACACACCUAUAAUCGAAUCCACCCGUCCCUGUCUUAUCUUACUACUACAGAGAAAUCAACGGAGGUCAUUCGUACCUCAGGAUUUUCUUUUAAUUAGGCAGUUAAAACCGUCCAAGUUUGUUGCUCAGUGGAAGAGCCUAAACCCAAAGUCCGUCAUCUUGCUUCAGACACUACCCCACACCAUCCCACACAACACAAGGGUUGAGAUAUUUUAUGAAUACAUCAACAAUGAUAAAGCAAUGCUUGGAAUAGGCUGUGCUCACAACCACACUCCAGCUGCCUACAUCACCAUACACAGAUCAAGGCUACUAGAGGAUGGCUACAAUCACUUAGGACUCGUCUCCACUGCUCAUUUCAAAGGCGUCAUACGAGUCAAAUUUAUCAACGAGCAGGGUCUUGAUGAGGCUGGCAUUGAUGAGAUGGGAGUCUUUAAAGAGUUUUUGGAAGAGAUAGUGAAGAUAGCUUUUAACCCUUCGAUGGGUUUGUUUAAGGCCAAUUCUGAAGGUGCUCUGUAUCCUUCUCCUACCAGCGAAUGUCAUGAAAAUCAUCUGCAGAUAUUUGAGUUUCUGGGACGAAUAUUAGGAAAAGCUGUGUAUGAAGGUAUUGUUUUGGAUCUGCCAUUUUGCAUAUUCUUUUUACAUUAUUUGACGAGUCAGUCUCACGGGAUCUUGUACAGUUCGCUGGAUGAGUUGCACACUCUUGAUCCUGAGCUCAGCAAAUCACUCCAUUUCAUCAAGCAUUACGAUGGCGACGUGUCAGAUCUGUGUCUCACGUUUUCCUACGAAGAAAAUUUCCUUGGAAAAUUGGUGACGCAUGAAUUAAUUCCAGGGGGAAGUGCCAUUCCUGUUACUUCUGAAAACAAGAUAAGUUAUGUCCAUAAGUUGGCCCAUUACAAGUUAUCCACGCAAAUCAAGGAUCAAACCGAGGCCUUCGUGAGAGGAUUCCAGUCGAUCAUCAGUCCAAUCUGGAUGGAAAUGUUUACUGCCAGGGAAUUUCAACGCGUCAUAUCAGGAGUUGACACUGAUAUUGAUAUCGAUGAAUUAAGGAAGUGUACUAAAUAUUACGGCGGCUAUCAUGACAGGCAUCGAGUCAUACAGUGGCUUUGGGACGUUCUAAAAAAUGACUUUACGACUGAGCAAAGAUCCAGUUUCUUAAAAUUUGUCACCAGCUGCUCAAGACAGCCGCUGCUAGGAUUUGAAACCCUUGAUCCUCCUUUUAGCAUUAGAAGAGUUGACACUCCUAGUGAAGAAGAAGCCAUACAUGUGGCUGGGAUUGUUAGGACGCUAUUUGGUGUAAGGACGCAUAAGGACAGACUACCAACCUCUUCAACCUGCUUUAACUUAUUGAAGCUACCGGAUUAUAACAAGAAGAGUGUCUUGAAAGAGAAGCUACUUCAAUCGAUUACGUCUAAUGCUGGAUUUGAACUGUCAUAAUAAUAAUAAUAAUAAUAAUAAUAAUAAUAAUAGUAAUAAUAAUAAUAGUAAUAAUAAUAAUAAUGGUAGAAGUAAUGAAUAUAUUAGUGACUGUAUUUUAAAACGUUUUUAAUCAUUUCCA